AUGCAGAGCCUGAGUAGAGUCGCCCAGAGUCGAGCUCUUCUAGCGUGUUUCAGCCUGCUAUCUAUAGCGGAUGGAGUGAACGCGCUACUAAGCUCUGGGUUGAGCAACUAUUCGUUUCCAGACAAUUUUAUGUUUGGAGUUGCAACGGCUGCAUUUCAAAUAGAAGGAGGAUGGAACGCCGGAGGCAGAGGUGAAAGUAUGUGGGACACAUACAUACACAAUCACCCGGAUUUCACGCUGGACAAGUCAAAUGGCGAUGUAGCGGCGGAUUCCUACCACAAAUACAAACAAGAUAUAAUUAUGGUUGAAUCCCUUGGCGUAAAAUAUUAUCGCCUCUCAAUAUCGUGGCCAAGCUUAUUCGGCGAUCUCGUUAAAAUAUGGACCACUAUGAACGAAAUACACAUUCAUUGCUAUCACGGAUACGGUAACGAUUACUUCGUGCCAGCCAUAAAGGUGCACGGAGUCGCGGAAUAUUUAUGUUCCCACUACAUGCUUCUGGGACACGCCCGGGUGUAUCAUCUUUACGAUAAAAAAUUCAGGCCUUUCCAAAAAGGUAGAAUUGGCAUAACGCUGGACUCCUUCUUUGCUGAACCGAAAGAUGAGAAUAAUCCCGACGAUGUUGAGGCUGCAGAACGGUAUCUUCAAAUGAGGUUGGGCCAAUACGCACAUCCCAUCUAUUCUGAAAAGGGCGACUAUCCAGAUUUCGUGCGUGAAAGAGUGGACAACAUGAGUAUCAGUCAAGGUUUCGCGAGAUCUAGAUUACCAGUUUUCACCAAGAAAGAAGUAGAAAUGAUACGAGGAAGUUCCGAUUUCUUCGGAUUGAACCACUACACAACGUUUCUGGUGUCUUCGAGUACAAUGGAGAAGGAAUGGUCUGUGCCAUCCAUAGAUCAGGACACGGGGGUCAAGAUGGAACAACAUCCAAAAUGGCCAAUACCUGGUGCUUCGUGGUUAGCGGUUUACCCACAAGGUUUUCGGAAGCUAUUGAAUUGGAUAACCAAAAACUAUGGAACCAAAGUUCCUAUCAUCGUCACUGAAAACGGAAUGUCAGACUUUGGUGGUCUCAACGAUUACGAACGUGUUUCCUACUACAACAGAUACUUAGAGCAACUUCUUCUGGCUAUCCACGAAGAUGGUUGCCAUGUUGCUGGUUAUUUCGCAUGGACUCUAAUGGAUGACUUCGAAUGGACAGAUGGUUACGCGGUAAAAUUUGGUCUCUUCCACGUGGAUUUCAAGAGUCCAGACAAGACGCGGACACCAAAGCUAUCCGCGCUUAACUACCGAGAAAUUGUCCAAACAAAACGGAUCAACUUCAACUAUAUAAAAAUACCUUCAUAUAAAUACCAUCAGUUAUUAUAA